CCUGGAAUCACCAAACAUCCCAAGGCGAUCAUCUGCGGUCAUGGCCUCUCGGAGGUUAAUAAGAUCGGCCUCGAGCCUCGUCAACUCCACAUCCAUUCCGAUCACACCAUCAAGACCAUCAUGGAUCUCCUCCUCAUCACAUCUACAAUCACUCCAGCAAAGCCGCCUCCCAUCAAAUCGACGGACUCUAGCCACCGGCGCAGACAAUGAUCAAUACUGGCCCAGCCAGCCGCCAAUCAAAAACCCCACUGACCAAGUCCCGCUGGAAUACUCAGACGGCUACCCGCAGAACGUGGGCCUGCCCAGCCUCGGUGGUCUCGAACCAUCCUUCACGGCCGACGGCGUGCCGGGCCUGCUCAGCAAGAAGGGCUUCGAGAUCGCCUGGACGACCUACCAACAGUUCAUCAUGAAGAAGCUCGCCAACCUGGUCGCGGGCGAGGGGAUCGACAUCCACAACCCGCGCGCCAUCGCCAUCCAAUACGCCCGGGACCCGAUGAACGCCAGCCUGUUCAACCACGCGAGCAUGGUGCACAACAACCACUUCUUCUUCCAGGGGCUGUCCACGCGCCCGAUCCCGCUGGAACACGAGAAGGCGCUGCAGGCCAAACUCGUCGCGCAGUUCGGCAGCGUCGAGAACCUGCGCACCAGCUUUAUCGAGUCCGCGGCGGGCAUGUUCGGGCCGGGGUUCACCUGGCUGGUCUGGAACCCGUCCACGCGCCAGCAGGGGACGGGGGGUUUCAAGAUCCUGAACACGUACGGCGCGGGGACCCCGUACGGCGAAGCGGGCCACCGCCGCCAAGAGACGGACAUGUCGAACAGUAGCAGCACCCCGAGCUACGGGCAGAUGGGCGCGUACAGCAAAUCGGGGCAGAAAGACGGCGGGCUGGCGCCGGGAGCGGCGAGGUUGUACCCCUUGAUGUGUGUGAAUACGUGGCAGCAUGUGUAUCUGUACGAAUACGGUGUCGAGGGCAAGAGGGAGUUUUUGAAUCGGUGGUGGGAUGUGAUCGAUUGGUCGGUGGUGCAGAGGACUCUCAAGGCUGUCGAGGGCACCAUGGCUAAGUCGGGCAAUGCUGCGAGGGGAUCGGGAGCGCGGAAAUUUCUGGAGCGGUAGAAGGGAACAUCUUUCUUCUUUUCCCUUCCCUCCUGGAGACCGAUAGAGCAGGCGAAUGAUGGGUCCUGGGAAUGCGUCUUCCUUACUGUUCAGACUUUUUGUUACAAUUAUCUAUCUAUACACCUUGUAUCACAAUCCCUCACCCCUUUUCCCGA